CCUCUGAUAUCUUCGUGACAAUAAAUCAACAAAUACCGACAGUUCUUAUCUUCCGUCAUUUGACAUUGUCAAGUUUUUUUUUUCAUUAAACGUUUUCGAAUUAACUCGCAGAACUGCAGUGUGAUGUCAGGCACAAACGAACGCAGGAAGACGGAGGUUACCGUGAGAAGAGAACGACCUGGUCGGUUUUGCAUCAGGAUUAAAUGGCAGAAUUCGAGGGAAAUUAAAACCCCAAUUGGCGAUAUGGAAGUUACAUCUUUCCAUUAUUAUCUCACCUCAUUUAAAAUUGAAAAUAAAGGGGGUCUUUACAUUCUGAGCAUAACAAAGUUUAGUUUUCAACCGGAAAGCAAAGAAAUUCGGUGUGACGCACAGGUUCAGAGGAUUGCAUGCAAUAAGGAAGACGAUAAUGAAUCGCGACCUAUCGCUGUUUCGUUCUUUGUAAAUAAAGAAGAAACGAGACAUCAAUUGCUGGAAUCUUGGGGUUUGGAUCGGUGGGGUUUCAAAUUCUUAAACCACAGCUUUGCGUAUCCAGAUGGGAAAGAAUUUACCAAAAUUACAUGUGAGACGACAAAUCCAAACGAAUGGAAUCCCUUGACCUGUCUUCUCUGGCUCGAGUUUGAUAUUUUCAGUGGCGGAGAGAGGAAUGCUCUUAAACAAUUAACGGAGUUGUACGUCCAGCAGAAUCAGUGCGAUGUCCAGUUUAACUUGCAAGACGAUCAACACAUUGGCGGGCAUUCGCACAUACUGGUGGCCAGGAGUCCCGUCUUUGCCGCAAUGUUCCAGCACGAGAUGAUGGAGAAGAAGACGGGCCAGGUCAGCAUUCAAGACAUCCAGCCAGACAUUUUCAAGCAGUUGCUUCACUACAUUUACUCGGGCCGGCUUUCAUUACUACUGACUGAAACCACUGCCCAGCGGCUGUUUGAAGCGGCCGACAAAUACGACAUUGGUGAUUUAAAAGAAGAGUGUGUCAGUUUUCUACUACUCUGCAUCCGCGUGGACAACGUGAUCAAUUUGAUGGCCUGGGCACAUAUUCAUUCAGUUGACGAGCUGAAAGAAGAAACUCUCAAAUUCACGUCGUUCCACGGGAAAGAUAUAUCUCUACUUGAAGACUGGGAAAACCUGACGAAAAAUUACCCUGAAGUCUGUCUUGAAGCUACUCGAAGCAUUAUUGAAUGUCACUGUCUUAAUUCUGCUGAAAGCAAUGCCACCCCAAAUUCGAACCGACAAUAAUGGACGAUGAAUUCUGGUUCCCGUAUUUGGACUGGGUGAUGACGAAUAUUCCUCAUAAGUUAUUUUGAUAUAAAUUUUCAUUUUUUUCUCUGGAUAAAUUGUUGAAAACUGAUGCGUUGGUAAAAAAAAUGUCAUCAUGCUGUCUACAUUUGAUACAUUACAGCAUCAUUUAUGCGAGGAUUUGUCGACCAAGACACAAUAAGAGUCAAAAUUCCAGAAUA